AUGUUCGCGCGUCACUUGCUGGCAUUUGCCGCGCUUCUCCAAACCGGGACGACGCUGGCGCAUCUGGCAGCCUGGCACGAUGGCAUGUACUGCCGAAACGGCACGAGCGGGUCGGACGAGGCGAACGACUAUACCGUCGUCAAACCGCUGUACCAGCUCCCCAGGAACGACUGGUGGCUCCACGGCCUCGACGGGUGCACGAAAUUCCCUCCUGCCCCCGGAAAAUUCCUCGAACUCCCUGCCGGCAAGGAGUUUACUGUCGAGAUAGCUUCGAAUCGGGGCAAGACCUCGCUCUCCUUCAACGGCCGCUUCGCGUCGAACUGGCCGGACGGGAAUAACUACCCCGAAGACUAUAAUGUCCCCUCUUGCAUCACAUCCCCAAAUCUGCACGCGCAAAACCACUCCCAAGCUGCUGGCACAGCAUUCGCCAUCUCGUAUCAAUCGGACAUCGAACGCGUCACGCCGGAGAACCUCGUGGUCUUCUCUGUCAAGUAUCACACGCCCUGGAAGAGAGUGACGACCUACAGCAUCCCUGCUGCACUGCCAGCUUGUCCCGAAGGCGGGUGCCACUGUGCCUGGGCAUGGGUCAGUACCAUCGACUCCGAAUACCGAUUCUUGCAUUUAACAUUAACCACCCUCCUAUUUUUUUCCAUCCAGAUUCCCAACGGCUCACGAACGCCUCCGCGCCGCAGAUGCGGCCAGCCGAACAUGUACCAGCAGGCAUUCAGGUGCAAAGUCACCGGUGCUACAUCAACUGCCCCCGUCGCGCCGGGGCGACCCCCCGUCUGGUGCGAAGACGACGCGUCGAGGUGCACGCAGGGCGCGAAGCAGAUGCUCUACUGGAACCAGCAGGACGGCAACAACAUCUGGGUCCAGGGACGCGAUAGGGCGGGCGCGCCGAAGUCCCCCGCGUAUAACAGCAAGUGCGGGUUUGUUGAUGGGGCGCAGAACGAUAUAUUCUCGACGGCGCGCGGGAAGGAACGGCGCUGUGCGGCUAGAACGAAACGCGCAUCUGCGGCGCGCAGAGGAUUAUGA